UUAGGUUUUCUCCAGCGGUCGAAUAAUCAGGUUCAAAAAGCGGGUGUGUUUACUUAGUAUAACAGAAAAGUAUCAAAUUUGGCUGCAGAAAGGAAAAAACAAGUGUACAACGAAGUGGAAGUUACAGAAGCAAAUCGUUCGGAAGCCUUGAUGGAAAAAGUCGGUGAAAUUUUGAAUGAUACAAAAAAUCACGUUCUUGACAAUAACUCGAGUUUAAAAAAUAUCACAUUACCGAGUACCUAUCCUGAAGAUUCUUUCUUACCGGCAAUUUUUAAAUGCCUGGCUUACAGCUUAGUCGUUGCUUUUUCUGUAAUUGGUAACUGUCUGGUCAUAGCCGCUUUCAAGCUCAAUGUCAACAGAAAACUUCGCACUGUUAAUAAUAUCUUCAUUGUAAGCAUGGCUGUCGGAGACUUGCUCCUCACAGUGACAAGCACACCAGAGCGAAUCACAAGAAUUCUGGCUGAUGAGCGGUGGAUAAUCGAAGGAAACUGGGGAGUAUUCCUAUGCAAAACUAGCAAUUACUUGGAAAAGCUUUUCAUGAAUGUUUCAGUGAUACAUCUGGCGAUGAUUGCAAUAGAUCGCUUUCUGGUGGUGUUCAUUCCCCACAAGAAGAUCAUCACAGUGAAAAGAGCUCGUGUUAUCAUUGCCAUCGCUUGGUUCGGAUCCGCUCUUUAUUGUGUGCCUUUGUUUUAUUACGCCAACUUGAUGAACAAACACGGAAAACUUUACUGUAAAACGCGACAGUUUUUCAAAUACUGGAAAGUUUGGUAUUUGUUCUUCCUGUCACUGAUUGUACUAACUCUGUUGCUUGUAGUAUCGUUGUACGCUGCAAUAAUAAUUCGACUUUGGUGUGGGAAAACGACCGAGAUCGUGCAAACUCCUUUAAAACGACGUGUAAGCGCGCGAGUUAACAGCCGUGUUUUAAAAAUGGUGGCCAUGAUAGUCAUUGCCUUUUAUUGCUGUAUUCUUCCUUACUGGGUCGGUUGGGUGUUUUGCUCCUACCAUCGCAGUGAGUUCAUUUGUAAUGAUACCUAUGUAUUUAUUGCAAUUUUCCUCAUGUACGCGAAUAGCGCGGUCAAUCCAGUCAUUUAUGCCUUUUUCAAUGAUACCUUCAGAGUUGGUUUUCGAUUUAUCCUGAAGACGCCCGGUAGAUGUUGUUUUAGUUUUAAAAACUUGAGUAUUGAUACAGCACAAGAUGAAUUCAUUGAAAGAAACCGGAGCAGUAGAAAAUCCAGCGAAAUCCCAUGCCAAGAACUAAAACAACUUAAUUCAAAAAAACACCUUGGUACAUAUGUGUAGGGCCGACUUAAGAAGUCUUCAUAUUCUGUAACAAUAGAAGGAAGUUGUAAAGAUAUUUAUUAAUUUACCUAAGGGAGAAAAUGUAUUCAUGUUCAUGAUUAUUUAAAAGUACGACAUGGGUUCUGAAAGAGCGCUCAGAAAAAGCCAAAAUUUUGUCUGUAUUCCCUAAUUCUGGGUUCAAAUGAUUAAAUAAAGCCGAAUAUCAGUUUUGAAAAUCUAAAAUGGCUGGAAAAUGUUAUCAUGCAACAUUGCGUGAUAUCAGUGUACCGACGGAGAUGACUUAACAAUAUCUUCAAGGGAGGAAAAGAGUGUCGUGCUGAAAAUUAUGGUCGGAAGACACUUGUACCGACGUUCCAAAUAAUAAUAAUUUAAUUGUUUUGAGUCAUCCUCUUUAGAUCGAUAGGGGGUUCAUCAUAUCUUGGUUCUCAUUGUUUGCAAAGCUCUCUUUUUGAGAAGCCAAAGUGUUUGCUAUAUAGGAAGCAAGGUUGGGAAGAAGAGAAAAUCAGAAUGAAUUUGAAAAUUUGUCCUCCUAGGCUGUAAGGUCUGAUUAUUUAACUGACAACGUGUAGCCGUUUUAACAUAAAACCGCGUCCAAAACAAUUCUCAAUUUAGCUGAACCUUUUAUCAGAACAUUUAUUUUUGUGAACAGUGUCAAGAGGGCCGAAAGCUAACAAUGGCGGGACAUCUGUUUGAAUCAAUCAGCCUUUUUACAGAGAAAGACGUGGUUUGGGUUAGAAUUCAUAUGAACAACCGGCCUAGAAGUGCAAUCUGAUCCAAGCUUAGAUACAUCUAUAAUGGAAGUUCGAGAGGAGGUGUUGGCAAACAUGGCUUUCACUUAGCUAACUUUGGUGACACAACAAAUACCUUUCGCAAAAGCCGGCUCACUUUUUUUUUUCUAACUACGCAAUCGAAAUCUGAAACGAUUAAGUGAUAUACCGCUGACGCUCUCGCCAGGAAAAUCUUCAGUCUAUAAUUGGCAUCACACUCAGAAUCGAAGUGUGCGCAAGCGCACGAUUCAACAACUCUUACCUCACUCUCACCCAAAAGGCUCUCUUCUCUUAACGAGUAUUGAUUAGAAUAUAUUAUAAA